AUGACCGCAAAAAUCGGUGCCGCUGACUCCGCGAUGGAUGCCGAAUUCCUGAAACGAACGGUCGGCGAACCUUUGUCAGAUGCCUUGACGGCGCUGGUUGUGGCCCAGCCGGCUGACCCGAUAGAGUUCAUCGGCGAAGCUCUCCUGGACUUUAUUAAGCGCAGGGAGGCAGAAGCAAAGCGGAUCAAGCAUGCGGAGGACGUAGCUCGUCUACUCGAAAUGGCUCGGGAACAAGAGGAAAUCGCCCGCGCUGAGAGUGCGGCAAGAGAAGCGGCUGUCCAGGCCAAGUCGGACGUCGAGCGGCAGGCGGAGGAAGCUAUUGUACAGACGUCGACUCAUCCCGAAUUGUACGCAAAGGCGCUCGGCUUGGUGAAGGAAAGGCUAGGGGCGAGUGGUGUUCAGCUUGGACGGAAAGUGGUGGUAGAGGGACAGGAAAUCGUGGAGUUCAUCGCGGCCUCAGAGGGUCGAGAAUACAUGGUCGGAAAGGAGAUCAAAGGUUUGAAGGAGGGCGAGGACCCAGAAGACGGCGAGGCUAAGGAGGAGGGUGUAACCUUCGGCUUGUGGAAGAAAACGGAACAGCCGCCACCCGCAGAGGCCGUGUAUGAUGAGGAGGGCGAGAUUGUUCCGGAUGAAAACGAGCCGGAGCUAAUCCCGCCGGAGCACGUGCUGAUCGAAAACGUCGUGCGCGACCCGCGCGUCAAGUUUUUCGGCAUUCCCAAGUUGGGGGCGUACCUGGCCCUCCCCAUCACCUACGGCUCGUGGCUACACCCUGGAGGCAUCUCCGAUGCACCACCGUCUUCGGAAGACGAAGAAGCCCCCGACGAGGGGGAGGGGGGCUCCAACGAGGCCGGCGCCGAUGCUGCGGCGGAAGAGGAGGGGCGGUGUUUCAACUGGAGCGAUAUCCUGUGGGCCAAGUCUUGGGCGGCGAAAAUGAAGGCCAACGUCGAAGCCCUCGAGUGUCGCAUGUUUGAGGACGAAGCGGCGCUUAUCCCAUCGUUGCGAGGGAGCGAGGUGACCGAUCUUGUGGCGAAGGUCACGGAAGGCGAGGAGACCGCUGUUGCGGAGGCGCUGGCCCUGCUGGAGCCCGGUACUCCGGAGGACGAGAAGGACAGAGUAACCAAGAAUAUUCAGUACCGCAUCAAGACGAAGGCGGUGGAGGCUGUCGGAGACCUAGUGAGCCUAAUGGGGAAGCUCAACCUCGCCCCUCCGGUAGCCGUUCUCGACGUUCUAGAGCGCGCGUUGCUGCUGGUCGGCAAGGGUAGGGCUGAUCUGUGUGAUUCCAGGUGCGCGAGGAGCCUGCUAUCGGAAAACAGUCUACGUCUCGUAGAACGAGCUCCACCCACCUAUCUGCAGUACAAGUAA